AUGGCGGACCCAAGCGAAGACCUCUACGAAUACUGCUGCAAGGAAGCCAACAGCUGCCCGGAAGGAUACAAGAAGAUUUUCAAGCAAGAGGAUCUGCUCCGGUAUUGCCAAGAUGCCGACUCCAAAGCGCUGAACGACGUCAAAGACGUCGAGAAGCUGAUGCCGCUGGUGGCUCGCAUGUCAAAGCAGUUCUUGAUCAUCACCUUGAAGACCGGCAGUGGAUCCCAAUGGACCGUACGACCUCGCAAAGUGGCCAACGAAGUCCGUCAGCUCGGCAAGGAUGAGCGCAUGGUCUUUGAGGUCGUGGAGGGGGCUCAAGAAGAGGGCGUCUGGAUUCGUAUGAUCAAGAACAGGACCGGCAUCAAGGAUGGCCACAGCCUGGACAAGCUCGUCGCCAAGCUGCAACGGCAAAAGCUGAUCAAAAGCGUCAAAAAUGUCAAGGCCAUGAACCAGAAGACCUACAUCCUCUCUCACCUUGCACCAAGCGAGACCAUCACCGGCGGAAGCUUCUACGAUGCCGGCGUUCUGGAUGAGACUCUUGUGGAGGAGGUGGGGAACAUCAUCAUCUUUCAUGUUCGCAUGGUGAGCUGGUUCGACCCGCCCAGGGAGAAGGUGAAGCGACCGAAGAGGGUGGCGUCGCCGAUUGAGAUCCUAGACGAUGAUCAAGAAGGAGCCUCCCGUCCAACCAAGAAGCGCAAGACCGGCACCGGGGCUGCGGUCAAGUCCAAUGAUAUCGAGGAUAUGGGCGCCACAAGCAGAGAGCGCGAGCGUCUUCGCCGCAAAGCCAGGAGUCAACUCGCCUACACCCGCGGUCACGAAUACCCUACUGCAAGCUCAAUCCACAAAUUCAUCAUCAGUGCCAACGUGCUGCGAGCCGCCAAGUCAGCCUCGUUGACCGUCGACGAAGUCCAGAAGGUCAUCAACAUCCUGGUGUGGGAUGAGAAGCUGGAGCCGAUCAGUGGAGGCUACCGGACCGCGCGAGGGGUCAAGUACAAGGAACCGGGUGUGGAGGAGGACGAAGCAGUGACGGCGGAGAGCAAGCGUGGGAAUGGGCUCACCGAGGCGCCGUGUGGCAGGUGCCCCGUCAUCGACAUCUGCGGCAAUGGUGGCCCGGUGAAUGCAGGGAAUUGCCCGUACUUUACGGAGUGGCUGGUUGGUAAGCCUACCGCGACUGCGACGAGUGCGAGUGCUACUGCUUGA